GACAAUGACAACGAUAAUACCGCAGCUUUUAUUAUAAGAUAAGCUGGACAAAUAGAUUUUAUUCAUUAUUCUCCAUGAACAAUAAAGUUUAAAUCUUAUUAAUGUGAGGAAUUGUUUGAACAAUUAUUGCGCAUCGUGGGGACUACAUAUUUUGUGUUUGUUAACACAAUCUCUCGAGUUUGGGGAUAUUUUGGGGAAAUCCCCCAAGUCGAAUGACCUUCAUCAAGGUUUAGGAGAAAGUUUGGGGUUUCAGUGCCAUUUCCCCGAAAUUAAAAGAAUUAUCUCCCGAUUAUAUAUAAACGUAUUUUUUCUUCAGUUAAUUUCGAAAACAUGACGCAUUUCUAAAACACUUUUAGUGGCCCGUGGAUCGAUCCACGGAGUCAGAUCUGACUCCUAUUUAGAUCGUACGAAUGAUUGUUAUCGCCUAUUCUCGUAUAUAAUCGUCGACUUAAAUCGCGUCAGUCAAUAACGGAAUUAAAUAAGUCGAAUAACGAGAAUUGACUUAUGAAUACAUAUAUUUUGUAAAUGAAGCGAAUUAAACAGAGCAAAGCAAAAAUGACACGCAGGGAAGAUGGCUGGGAAGCCAACUCCAUUUUAGUCAAGCGUUACUCAAUAUUUAUAGUCAGACAAAAUUAAGCUACAGACAUGUGAUUAAUGGAAUAAGAAGGGCACACACAUAUACGCUCAUAUAAAAACAGUCAAGACUGAUAAGCGAAUAACUGACAAGAUCAAAAUAUGUCUCGAGUAGAAUGAAGAAGAUGGGAUGUCCGAAAGCCAGAAUAAGGUUUAUGAGCUUGGCAUAAUAAAUGACACUACAUACUCACGCCAUUAUUGUCAACAUUGUUGAUCAACAUGUCCGUUGUCGCAAACAAACCUCAACUGAGAAAACCUCUCCUGUGUAGCUAGGUGGACGACUAUCGAGAAGCGGUAUAAUUUCCUUACGUUAAACGCAUCCUAGAAUGUGUCGGUUUUCUCUAUCACCCAUAAUUUUGUCUUUGCCAAGUACCCACACAUAACCUUGAUCAUGGUUCAUGUUCUUGUGUACGUUAGUGCGAGAGUCUUGUACUUAUAUCUCUUUCAGGCUUACAUGGACCGAGUAACCUAUUACAUACUGAAUUGGUCGCUUCUGAAACUCCAGUUCAUGUGCAUUUCUCGUUUCUUGCCGUUCUUCUACACUGUGAAAUGUCUGUAAUAUAUGUCGCUUUAAUGCUUUCAUAUUUGACUUCACAUAUCUACGUUGUUAUUGACGGGAUACGUCAACAGAAUAUCUACUAAGUAAACAGGUUAUAUACACUUCCUUGACAUCAUUAUCAUUCGGUUAUGUGGAGUGGAAUCUCGGAAGACCGAAUAAUUAGGUUGAUCAGCGUCAGCACCUUUUGUUCUCUAAAUUUUUAUAUCAUCUUUAAACACAGUGUCGAUGAAUUGAGCGGUCCUGAUAAACCAUUGAAACAGAACAAAAGACACAGGGUCUUAGAGAGUGCCUUAAGACAUGGGAUAUCUAACCAACUUCUAUUCAGACAUUGCUUCAUUUACCACCACUUUUUAUCUCUACCCACAGGGAAAGUUUCUCAUCCACUCUUGUGUGACAUCUUUUAUUUCAAAUCUGGAGAGUUUUGCAUAAUCCUUAAUUAAGGCGAUCUAUUUAAUAUCUUGUUAAUCUAUAAAUAUCAGGCAGACAAAAAGAUCAACCUCCCUCGCAGCUAGUAGGUUAGUUAAGGACGAGUACCUGUUCCAAAAAUCGUGCUACCAAGUAGCCAACAAAUUAUAUGGUUUUACGUGACGUAGUGGCUUAGUCCGAGUUAUUUUCUUAAAUACCUUAACUACUAUGUCAGUUAGAUCGAUAAGUCGGUAGAUAAACAUGAUCUAUCUUGUUUCAUGCUUGAAUAUAGGUUUAACUAUAGCAUUUGCCUAAUCUCUAGAGAAUUGAAUUUUGGAAAAAGAUAUGUUGAACUGCAACUGUGAGUGGUUCUGAAAUAGUAUCCGCGACGAAUGACAACAAUCUUGUAUGUAACCCAUCAGAGCCCAGUGACUUACCAAGUUUAAUGCUAACACGUAAACGAAAAGCAAAUUUUGCGGUCACAUGUACUGGUCCUAUAGUCGGAAUCUCAUCAGCUUGGCUGUGAAAAGUGUUAAUAACAACAUCAUAUGAGUACACUUGAUUAAAAUAGUUUGGUGAACUUUCAGCCUCGGCAUUAUCUAGUUUAGCUGGUGUAAUGGAGGGAUUCUAUCAUUUGUUUUGUUCUCUUAAUAUGCAAUCUGUUGAGAUACCACUGUUUCAGAUUGAAGGAAUGUUGGCUCAUCAGAUGAGACGGAGUGUAGUAGAUGCAUGUUGUAUAUUGUGUUUAAAGCCCAAAGAAAAAUACAAUGUGACCUCUGUUUGGCAGAGUGAAUGGAAACUGAAUGUCUGUGAUAUCGCAGCGACUAGUAUGAACAAGGUCUGACAAUAAUGGUUCACGUUCUAAGUCAACCGUAAGCUGCCGUCAAAAUAUAUACCGGGAGCUAUGAGCUAUAGUCGGUUGAUGUGAAUCACUAAAGUCAGAAAAGGUUAGGCAAAAGUCAGCCUUGCUCUACCUGGAGUUCUGGAACUUUCGGCCCAACUUUCAACUUAGAUUACUUUAUGCAAGCUUGGAUGUCAUUACAUGUGUAAUAAAACCUUCUGGUAAUGAAUACUUUUAGUUAAUCUGCUGCCUAAAUUCCAAAGCAAAUAUAUUUGAAAGCCAACUGAUAAAAUGAAGUAAAAGAAUAAGUUUAAUUAUUACAAGGUUCCCCUUGUUUUCAUCACAUAUUUGUAAGGAAUGAUUCUGUUACAAUCACUGUAUUUCAAAAAGUAAUCAAAUGAAUUUUACUUACAAAUUUAAGCAAACCUACCAAAUGUACAUCGACAUCUCAUCCGUCUGUAACCGAAAAUCGUGAUAAAACUUAAAGAAAUAGUAAAACUCCCGAUGAGCUCGGUUACUUAGUUUCUGUUGUUCACAAUAUACAGUGACUUUGACUAGCUCUGAGAUAUGAGGGAAGAUAUAUAGGUAAUAUCUUUUGUUCACUAGACCCAUGAAAAGAGAUUCACCAUGUUUCAUGGUUACAAAUCUCGAGCCCUUUAUCAGAUCGCCUGUUAAAUAAUAGUUGGUUCUUCUCUCCUUUUACUGUAUUAUUUGAAAUAUAAUUUGACAAUUAAUUUUAACCACCUUAUGUGAAACAUUUUCACACAUCUCUUCAAACUGAAAAAAAUUUUGUUUCAUUUUAAAAGUGGAUUUUAAUGGUGAAUACUACAGUGAAUCAGCUUAUUUCUGAAGCAGGAUCAAACGCUUCAACCAAUACCCUCUUAGCAUUACAACAAAGUGUCUACAAAACUCUUAAAGGGAAUGGUUAUAGUCAAUAUGCUGAUUGAAACCUCUGAACAGAUUCACGUCAGUCCUUCGAUUUGUUUAAAUCAAAGUGAAAUUAAAACCAAAAGUGAAGUCAACGUAAAUAAACUGACUGAAAGUCAUAUGAUUUCUUAAAAUAUUACCUGUUUACUUGGUGACUAAGAUGAGUGAAGGAAAUUUCUAACAUGCAAUCGCAAACACAUUAAUUAAGUUUAAAUCAUAUGUUAAAUUAGUGCCAACAGCUGAUAUUUAUUAUUAAAGUGUAAAACUUACCUCAGCCAAGCUUUCCCAUCCGUAGAAGGUGAAUGGAGUUAUGGUGAGAACCUAAGUCCCGAAAGUAUAAAUCUUCACUGAUAUAAUGAUUCUUAAAAUCUAACGCUAUCGUUUUUGUUUCUAUAUCGAUAAAUUAUAAUGAUAGAUUUUUAUUGGAUAUAUAACUUUUCAUUAUUGCAUCUCUUUAUUUGAACAUAAGUACAAAGUCAUGAGCGCUUAUACAGCAAAACCACAAAAAUCCUUGAGGGUGGAUGAUUGUAUUGAUAGUAGCAGCUUCAAAGUAUAUACAUGUUAGUAUAUACAUGUUAGUUGUACGUUGCGUAUGACUGACUGCCUAUUAGUUUAACCACUUCUCAGACAUGCACUCUAAGUGAAUUCUAUUAUGGUCUAACCAUUGACUGCGUGACACUUUGUCAUCAUUACCAAUACUGUAAUGACUAAUAGCCAGAAUAAAUGAGACUCUAUAUACUUACUUCGAUGUUUGGACAAAAGUUUAUAUUCCUAAACAAGUAAAGCAAGUUACAGAGGUGGUAUAGAAGAUUUGUAGCUUAGGUGGAUGGUUUUGGUAGGGUUUUGUUACCUGAACUGGAUGGUUUGGUUGUGGAGCCUUCAUCAAUCUUCUGAACGAAAUCAUCAGCACAAACUUCAAGUAGAAGUGAAGUGUUCAGUCCAAUUUAUCAACCAAUAAAAAAUUAUAGACAAAUAUAGGACCAAGAGUCAAAUCGACGGGUGAUACAAUAAAAAAUAUUAAAAAAACAAUGACAAGUUAAAGGUCAACAAUAAGCAAGGUCUACAGGACAAGCUGUGAGUCAUAUGUGGAUAAACUCAAACAUCACUUUUACCUGAAUUUUGUGCUGAUGUUGUCGUUCAGAAGAACGAUAAAAACUCCACGACCAAAGCAUACAGCUCAGAGAACCAAACGCCACCAAAAAGUGAGUUUUAGGUUAUAUAUAUAUUUAUCUGUUUUUAGAUGGGUUUUAUUUGCCAUUAAGCAAUUAAGACUACUUGUUAUACUCACCUCUGUCUUCAGGUAAUUUUUGGUCCAAUCUUCAAGAUAUCUUUUAUUGACUAACGACUUUUUAUACUGAAUAUUCCUGAAUUCUUUGCAGUCGAUACAAACCAAAAGGCAUAGAAAUCGAAUUUCUGUGUUGUUAUGCAAUUUGUUGUGAUAAUGUACUUCUAGACUGCCUAGUCACAACAGUUUGAAAUGACAUGGCCUCCGAAGUUUUCGACGAACCAGCCAACAUCCUGAUGGUAAACGGUGCUGUUGAUCGUUAUGGAUUCUUCGAAGGUGAACAAUUCUGCGAAACAAACACGCGGAAACUUUCUGAAUCCUCUUUGAAUAAAAUACGCCGAAAAGAAUUGAAAUGGCAAAAUAUGCUGACUGAAUGGGAUAAAUGGAUGUAUUAUAAAACAGAUCGGGUGAGAAAUCAAUGUCGAAAAGGUAUUGCACCGGCUAUACGUUCAAGAGUGUGGCAGUAUCUCUGUGGAAGCCAUAGAAUAAUGCAGAUGGAACGUGGGAAAUAUCAGGUACUUUUGAGAAUGUCGGGUGAUCCAAAGACAAUUUCACAAAUCAAAUUAGAUGUCGACAGACAGUUGCCUAAUCACGUACUUUUUGCUACAAGCCAUUAUAAUGGGUAA